AGCUGGCUAGAGCUUGUCAGCUGAUUUACUGCACUGGAGAGUGGGGCACAGGGGCAGAGAGCCCUGGGUACCCCCUUCCCCGCGAGCAGGGGCCAGGGCCGGGCCACGCACCACAGACUGCGGCAAGAUCGGGUCUUGCCUGUACAGGAGUGAAAGCAAAAUGGCAGGAAACAGCCUUGUUCUACCAAUCGUGCUUUGGGGUCGCAAAGCUCCCACACACUGCAUAUCAGCCAUACUGUUAAUGGAUGAUGUUUCAAUGAUUGUCACAGGAUGUCAUGAUGGACAGAUAUCUCUCUGGGACCUUUCAUUAAAUCUAGAAAUUAAUCCCAGAGCGCUGCUGUUUGGUCACACAGCUUCAAUUACAUGUUUGUCCAAAGCCUCUGCUUCCAGUGAAAAACAGUAUAUAGUGAGUGCAUCUGAAAGUGGGGAGAUGUGUCUGUGGGAUGUGAAUGAUGGGAGAUGUAUAGAAUUUACAAAACUCGCCUGCACCCAUACUGGAAUACAGUUCUACCAGUUCACAGUUGGGACUCAGCGUGAAGGCAGGCUACUGUGUCAUGGCCAUUACCCAGAAAUUCUUGUUGUGGAUGCUACCAGUCUCGAGGUUCUUUAUUCCUUAGUGUCAAAGAUUUCUCCCGACUGGAUCAGCUCCAUGAGUAUUAUUCGAUCCCAUAGAACACAAGAGGAUACUGUCGUAGCAGUUUCAGUGACUGGUAUUCUGAAAGUGUGGAUUGUAACUUCUGAAGUUAGUCGGAUGCAGGAUACGGAACCAGUAUUUGAGGAGGAGUCUAAACCAAUUUAUUGUCAAAACUGCCAAAGCAUUUCUUUCUGUGCAUUUACCCAACGAUCACUUUUGGUAGUGUGCUCCAAAUACUGGAGGGUUUUUGAUGCUGGAGAUUAUUCCUUGUUAUGUUCAGUUCCCAGUGAAAAUGGACAAACGUGGACUGGCGGUGACUUUGUAUCAGCUGAUAAAGUGAUCAUAUGGACAGAAGAUGGACAAAGUUUUAUUUACAAACUACCAGCCAGUUGCCUACCAGCUAGUGAUACGUUUCGCAGUGAUGUGGGAAAAGCUGUUGAAAAUUUAAUUCCUCCUUUACUGUUCAGUGUAUUGGACCGAGCAGAUAAACAGCUGCUUAUCUGUCCCCCUAUUACUCGAUUCUUCUAUGGACGCAGGGAGUAUUUCCAUAAACUUCUAAUCCAGGGAGAUUCUUCAGGGAGACUGUGUAUUUGGAAUGUGCCAGAUACACUUGAACUGCAAGACAACACACAAGGACUCCAAAUGACAACUUCAACUUCUCUGCAAGAAGCUUUUUGUAAACUUACUCCUCGUCCUGCUGGAAUUAUAGACCAAUUAAGCUUAAUACCAAACAGUAACGAACCACUUAAAGUUACAGCCAGCGUGUAUAUCCCAGCACAUGGACGCCUGGUUUGUGGUCGUGAAGAUGGAAGCAUUGUUAUUGUGCCAGCAACUCAAACUGCAAUAGUUCAGCUUCUGCAAGGAGAGCAUAUGCUCAGGAGAGGUUGGCCACCUCACAGAAAUCUCCGGGCUCAUCGGAACAAAGUUACAUGUUUACUGUAUCCUCAUCAGGUCUCGUCUCGUUAUGACCAAAGAUACUUGAUCUCAGGUGGUGUGGAUUUCUCAGUCAUUAUAUGGGACAUCUUUUCUGGAGAAAUGAAACACAUCUUCUGUGUCCAUGGUGGAGAGAUUACGCAGCUUCUAGUUCCACCAGAAAACUGUAGUGCAAGAGUCCAGCACUGCAUCUGCUCAGUAGCCAGUGACCAUUCAGUAGGACUUUUGAGUUUGCGAGAGAAAAAGUGCAUUAUGCUGGCAUCUCGUCACCUUUUCCCUAUUCAAGUAAUAAAGUGGAGGCCUUCAGAUGAUUACCUGGUGGUGGGAUGUGCAGACGGAUCUGUGUACGUCUGGCAAAUGGAUACUGGUGCACUGGAUCGUUGUGUGAUGGGGAUAACGGCAGUCGAAAUCUUGAAUGCUUGUGAUGAGGCAGUUCCAGCUGCAGUAGAUUCCCUUAGUCACCCAGCCGUCAAUCUAAAACAGGCUAUGACUAGACGUAGCCUUGCUGCUCUAAAAAAUGUGGCCCAUCAGAAACUACAGACUCUUGCUACUAACCUUCUGGCUUCUGAAGCAUCUGACAAAGGGAAUUUGCCUAAAUAUUCACACAAUUCUCUGAUGGUUCAAGCCAUAAAGACUAACCUAACAGAUCCAGAUAUACAUGUGCUCUUCUUUGAUGUAGAAGCUCUGAUUAUUCAGCUACUGACUGAAGAAGCCUCUAGGCCUAAUACUGCACUCAUUUCCCCAGAGAAUUUACAGAAAGCAUCUGGCAGUUCUGAUAAGGGGGGGUCUUUUCUGGCUGGCAAACGAGCAGCAGUGCUCUUCCAGCAAGUCAAGGAAACGAUCAAAGAGAACAUAAAAGAACAUCUUCUUGAUGAUGAAGAUGAGGAUGAAGAAUCAAUGAGACAGAGAAGGGAAGACAGUGACCCAGAAUAUCGCUCCAGCAAAUCUAAACCAUUAACCCUAUUAGAGUAUAAUCUAACCAUGGACACAGCAAAGCUUUUUAUGUCCUGUCUUCAUGCCUGGGGUUUGAAUGAAGAUCUAGAUGAUGUUUGUCUUGAUCGCCUUGGCAUGCUUAAACCACACUGUUCUGUGUCCUUUGGUCUGCUAUCUAGAGGAGGCCACAUGUCUCUGAUGCUUCCAGGAUAUAACCAGUCCCUACGCAAACCAUCAUAUGGUAGUGUGGAAGUAGGAAGGAAAAUGUCCAUUACAGAGGGACUAGGAAGGGGGACAUAUGGAGUAUCACGUGCAGUCACUACUCAGCAUCUCCUGUCUAUUAUCUCUUUGGCGAAUACUUUGAUGAGUAUGACUAAUGCAACGUUUAUUGGAGACCAUAUGAAGAAGGGUCCAAUCAGACCUCCUAGGCCAGGCACCCCAGAUUUGUCUAAAAUGAAGGCUCCCCCACCAGCUUCCAGUAAUGCAGCUCAAGGGCAAAUUAAACAAGUUGCUCCUGCUGUUUCUUCUAGCACUGAAGCUGAUCGCUCUGGCUCUGACCCUGCUCCUACUUUACGUAGCUGUUUCUUAGUAAAUGAAGGAUGGAGUCAACUAGCUGCUAUGCAUUGUGUUAUGCUCCCUGACCUGUUGGGACUGGAGAAAUUUAGACCGCCUCUUCUUGAGAUGCUAGCUCGCAGGUGGCAGGAUCGAUGCUUGGAGGUAAGGGAAGCUGCCCAGGCCUUACUGUUAGCAGAAUUGAGAAGAAUUGAACAGGCAGGGCGGAAAGAAACAAUUGAUGCUUGGGCUCCAUAUUUACCACAAUAUAUUGACAGUAUUAUAUCACCUGGAGUGACAGCGGAAGCCAUUCAAACUGGUAGUGCAAGUCCAGAUUCAUCAGGGUCAGAAGUCAAAGUUCAGGAAGAAGAGCAUGAUCUUGUUGAUGAUGACAUCACAGCAGGUUGUCUGUCUGGUCUCCCACAAAUGAAAAAAAUAUCUACAUCUUAUGAAGAGAGACGGAAGCAAGCCACUGCUAUUGUCUUGCUAGGAGUGAUUGGAGCAGAAUUUGGAGCUGAAAUUGAACCUCCAAAACUGUUGACGAGGCCACGCAGUUCCAGUCAAAUUCCUGAGGGAUUUGGUUUAACUAGUGGUGGAUCAAACUAUUCCUUGGCAAGACAUACUUUUUUUAUCCUGUUUUGUAUGGUAGGUAAAGCUUUGACAUUCCUUCUGCUGCAACCACCAAGCCCCAAACUUCCUCCACACAGCACCAUCCGCAGAACUGCCAUUGAUCUGAUUGGGCGAGGUUUUACAGUAUGGGAGCCUUACAUGGAUGUCUCCGCUGUAUUAAUGGGCCUUUUGGAGCUCUGUGCUGAUGCUGAGAAGCAACUUUCAAACAUCACAAUGGGGCUGCCUCUGAGUCCAGCAGCUGACUCCGCCCGCUCUGCACGACAUGCUCUCUCACUCAUUGCCACUGCCAGACCACCCGCCUUCAUAACAACUAUCGCCAAGGAGGUGCAUAGACACACUGCGCUGGCAGCAAACACUCAGUCUCAACAGAAUAUUCACACCACAGCUCUUGCUCGGGCUAAAGGAGAGAUCCUAAGAGUAAUCGAAAUACUAAUAGAUAAAAUGCCCACAGACGUUGUGGAUCUUCUUGUAGAGGUUAUGGACAUCCUCAUGUACUGCCUUGAAGGAUCCUUAGUCAAAAAAAAGGGACUUCAGGAAUGCUUUCCAGCCAUCUGCAGGUUCUACAUGGUCAGCUAUUAUGAGCGGAGUCACAGAAUAGCAGUUGGAGCUCGCCAUGGUUCAGUGGCCCUGUACGACAUCCGGACUGGAAAAUGUCAGACUAUCCAUGGCCAUAAAGGGCCAAUAACAGCUGUGGCUUUUGCUCCUGAUGGACGGUACCUUGCCACUUAUUCCAACACAGACAGUCACAUCUCCUUUUGGCAGAUGAACACCUCUCUUUUGGGAAGUAUUGGAAUGCUGAAUUCUGCACCUCAGCUCCGCUGUAUUAAAACAUACCAGGUGCCUCCUGUCCAGCCUGCCUCACCAGGUUCACACAAUGCACUCAAACUGGCACGGCUGAUCUGGACUUCCAAUCGCAAUGUUAUUCUUAUGGCGCAUGAUGGCAAAGAACAUCGAUUUAUGGUCUAGAGUCAGGCUCUCUAUUGCUAGAAAUACAUUUUUUGUUGUAAAAUUCCCUAUAAUUCUCUCUUUCUCUGUUCUUUUGUAACACUGGAUUACCCACACCAGUGCCUAUAUAAAUCAUCCAGUGGGACCAGCCAGACUGCAACAUUUCUGCAUGGUUCCCUAGAGCAUUUGAAUCUUGCUUGUGCCAGCUAUUGAUUCAGAGGUAUGCCCACCAGCUCAACCAAGUGUGGUUAUUCUAUCAUCAUGUAGUUUUUCCUUGCCGUUGAUAGGAGGGACGAAGAUGGCUAUUGGGAAUGCUCUUGUUGCU